GUCAAAAUAGAGACAAAAUUUAUUGUAACUUGCAUCUUAAUAUCUAUUAUCUUCUAAAGAUUUUGUUGCUGUAAAAUAUUAUCGGAGUGUUUGGAGUUUUUCUUAAUAGUAAUCGACGUGGCACACUAGUCACAUUAAUUUAUUAUGUAUAGAGGCGUAGUUAGUCCUGAGUGUUACGAAAUAAAAUAACCACAGCUGGUUACAAACCAUGACAAUGGAAUACGAAAAUGACGAUACCUGGCGAAGGUCCAGCUCACCCAAGACGGAAAUAAGGUGUCACAAAAUUCCCAAGAUGUCUACAACUACAGCUGUUAUAGUGCUGGGGCUGGCAGUACUCAGUUGCUUGCUAGGGUAUUGUGUACUGAGCGAAACACUUCCUUAUGAGUCGAAAACAUUACGGCUUGUUAUAAUCUUCUUCCGCCAUGGUGCGAGAACUCCAGUAAUCAGUUACAAAAGUGAUCCUUUUAAGAACUACCAAUGGCCUGAUGGACUUGGAAGCCUUACGAAUACAGGAAAACUGCAAAUGUACGAAUUGGGCAAGAAAUAUCGCAGCUACUAUGCCAAUUUUAUACCCGAAGAAUAUUUUGACAAGGAUGUGUACAUUCGCAGUAGCGAUGCGUCCCGAUGUAUGAUGAGUGCAUACACAUUCCUUGCGGGGCUUUAUCCACCCUCGGAGAGGCAGAUGUGGCACCCAGAGAUUCCUUGGCAGCCCAUACCAGUGCAUUCAUUGCCCAAGCAUUUAGACAAUUUGGUUGCUGCAACAAAAACAUGCAAUUUGCACAAGGCAAUGUACAAUGAACUGUUAGCGGAGGCUAACGCUGAUCCCAAAUACGCGGAGCUCUUUGACUAUUUAAGUAAACACACAAAUCAAAGUAUGCGCAGUGUAUUGGAAGUGGAUUUUCUGUACAGUACAUUAGCUUCGCAACAGGAGGCCCGCUUGAAGCUGCCGGAGUGGACGAAAAAUGUAUUCCCUCAUAAAAUGCGAGAUCCAUUCAUGUUGAGUCUAGCCCUUUUGUCUUAUAAUGAGACAAUACAGAAGUUUCAUACUGGUCCAAUCCUCGGCGAAAUAAAGCAGCAGCUAUUGGAAAAUGUGAACAAUACCAACGUCGAUCGUUCUCUAUACAUCUAUUCCGGCCACGACGUCAACGUUGUGUCUCUGUGGCGGGCGCUGGGCUUCCAUGAACUAUUGGAGCCGGAGUACGGAUCCAGUAUUGUCAUCGAGCUGCAUCAGGAGGUUGAGCAGGAAAACUUCUUUAUUAGAUUGUUUUAUAGGAACAAUACUAAAGUGGAAGUCCCCAUAGAAUUGAAGCUGCCCUACUGCGACGAUCCCUGUACUUACAACAGAUUUGUGCAGCAUCUUGAUACUCUUAUACCACAGGAUUGGGAAGCUGAAUGCCAAAAUACGAGUCACUGAAUUCUUUGAGAGUGAUUACGCGUAUAAUAGACCGAAGCCGGGGUGUUGUAAAUCAUUUUCGGGACUUAGCUGUGACAAUCAAAUUGUAACAUGCAUAGUUCUGUGACAUACAUUGGUGAAUCUUUCGCUUAUAUUUAGUACCCGUAUAUUUAGUAUAUAUAGGCGUCAUAUUUUCUCUAUUUAGUCUAUGGUAUACAAUAAGGUAUUUAGGUAAUUACAAUUUCGUUCCCCAUCCCUGCGCCUGAGUGUUGUGUUCUUAAAAAGUUUUGAGAGUUACCUGUUAUCAGCUUUAAAUGCGAUAUUUUGUUGUAAAUACUAUUAUAGAAAACCAAAUAUUUCCUUAUUCACAUAAAAGUGUAUAAUCUAUGUGCCAUGUUAUAUAAGUGCAGUAAAUAGUCAAUAGAGUAUAAUACUGUACAAAAUAUUUAAAGUGAUAUAUUAUUUAAUCGUAUCUCGAAUAGAAACAUUUAAAAUUAAUUAAAAUUGUCUAAAUAAUUGCACUGUACUAGGUGAAUUAACAAAAACCGCUAUUUCUUUUAAACUAGGAUUGUAAUUCGAGGUGAGGUAAGUGCUAUAGAAGCAAACUUACUUCUUUUCAGACAGUAGAAGGUAUAAGAUGAGUGGACCACGCGUUGAUCACUCAUUGGGCACGCGUCGUAAACUACAAACAACAAUCUAUGUCACAUAAUUUAAAGCUCACAUUUCAGUGAUUAUAAUUUGAGUUGAGUUGGUGUUUAAUCGUUAUGGUGUACAAAGGCCAUUAACCAUUGUUUACUAUAAACCAGUUGGCAAACCAAUGGCGUGCACUUAUCAUAAAUACAAAAGCACUGCAUACCCAAAUUAUUUUAUAUAACUAGUAUUGGAGGAAUUUCUCCUUUUUUUGUCAACUACCUGCUCCAUCUACUACUAUACCCUCAGGGUGAAUUUAAAGCAUUUGUCUUAAUAAAGUGAGUUGAGGUAUAUUUUCAUAAAUACUAAAACAAAGAG